CCCACCCGGUGUGUGAGAUACAAAAUAUUUUCUUUCCUUAAAGUUAGAAGAAACUCAGUCCUGGGUUAUGUCUGUCGUUUGGGGGAAGAUCCAAGAACAUCACCUGUCCUUUUGGAGAUCGGAUGAAGGUGCGGAACGCUCAUUAUUCGUCCAGCCAGCAAGAAGCGAGGGAUGCUGGAGUCAGACUUGCCAAGUGCCGUGACACUUCUGAAAAGCCUCCAAGAGCAGGUGAUGGCUGUGACAGCGCAAGUACAAGCUCUGACUAAGAAAGUUCAAGCUGGAGCAUAUUCUACGGAGAAGGGUCUCAGUUUCCUGGAAGUGAAAGACCAGCUCUUGCUCAUGUACCUUAUGGAUCUUAGCCACCUCAUCCUGGACAAAGCCUCAGGAGUAUCUCUUCAAGGACAUGCUGCAGUCUUGAGACUGGUGGAGAUUCGCACAGUUUUGGAAAAACUUCGUCCCUUGGACCAGAAACUGAAAUAUCAAAUUGACAAAUUGAUUAAGACUGCAGCAACAGGCAACCUCAGUGAGAGUGAUCCACUUCGUUUUAAGCCCCAUCCCAGCAAUAUGAAAAGCAAGUUGAGCUCUGAGGAUGAAGAAGAAGAUGGAGCAGAGGAUGACCAGUCAGGGGUUUCAGGGAAGAAAUCUGAAAAAGGAGUAUCUAAGAAGUACGUUCCACCGCGCCUGGUUCCAGUACAUUAUGAUGAGACAGAAGCUGAGCGAGAGAAAAAGCGUCUGGAGCGAGCUAAGAGACGGGCAUUGAGUAGCUCUGUCAUUCGGGAACUUCAGGAGCAAUACUCCGAAGCCCCAGAAGAAAUCUGUGAUGUCCGCCAUCCUCAUGUCACUCGCCAAAGUCAGGAGGACCAGCACAGGAUUAACUAUGAGGAGAGUAUGAUGGUACGUUUAAGUGUCAGUAAGCGAGAGAAAGGACGGCGAAAGCGAGCAAGUGUCAUGAGUUCACAGCUUCAUUCCCUCACGCACUUCAGUGACAUCAGUGCAUUGACAGGAGGAGCUCCUCAUCUUGAUGAGGACCAGAACCCUAUUAAGAAGCGCAAGAAGAUCCUUAAGAAAGGUCGGAAGAAAAAAGGUUUCCGUAGGAGGCGGUGACGAUGGAUGUACAUAUUUAUAUAUUUUGGUCAUCUUGGGAUGUUUCUCGUUUCGCUGUAUGUAGGUUUUUUUUUCCCCUUGGAAUUUAUUAAUUGCUUGCUUCAUACAUGUAGGAAGAUAUUUACUAAUAAAACUGACUUUGCUUAUGAA